AUGGCUAGGGAGAAAAGGAUUGAAACCUAUGAUUUAUUGAGGUGCAAAGCUAGAGUUUACUGUAACGUGCCUUUGGAGCGAAACGAUAUGCAGAUUGGGUUGACGAUGUUCAUGAGAACCGGAACAAGAUCGUUUAAGAAACAGUCUGUGGUUACUCAGAUAUUUGAAAGAGAAUGUGUGAAAGCUGGAGUAUUUGCAAUUUUCGAUAGUCUGACUCGUCAUGAGGUAACAAAUAUGUUCCUCAUGGACAAGAAUAGCAGCGUACUGGAAUUCUUCCCCAAAGGAUGGCUCAAAAUAGCUGGUGUAGGACAAUUUGUUUAUCACUGGUUAGCAAGUUGGUCAGCAAUGAAACAUCAAGGUGCAUGGAGAGAUCCUUUUCCAGAUGUUGAUCUGCGAAAAUGCGAAUUCCCAGAAGAUGAUCGUCGUUGUAUGACUAUUUACAAGGAUGGAAAGAUUGGUGAAAACGAGACAUAUUUCACCGAAUGGGUUAGAAAUGUACUUGCUGAAGUGAAGAUAAACAAACAAGAACAAUCCCGAAACAGAAUCCUAACUGGAAACAAAAUAAGCUACAACAACUUCAAGCGAGUGGAUGUGCCUGUGGUUAAAUCACAUUCAGAUUACUGUUCUAUAAAUGCAUAA